AUGAUGAAUAUUCUGUUAAAUGCUUCCAAAGCGUCACACUCGGUGGCUAUGCCUCUACUACGUAGAGUUGGUAACGGCAUGGCUGUUAGGGGCUUGCAAUCCACAGCUAUAGGGCUUGCUGGGUACUAUAAUGGCGGCCGUGAUGGUGACCGUAACGGUGGCUAUAGAAAUAAGAGAAGUGAUGCGAAUUAUGGUAAUAGACAAAGUUUCAACAAUGGUGGAGGAGACAGGUAUGGUGGGAGAAACAAUAACUAUAACAACAGACGUGGUGGCUAUGGUAGAAACAACAGGAACGAUAUGUCCAGAAGAGAACCUGACGAUAGUUUGAAGUCAUCGAAAUUCACGAAAGUCGUGGUUGUUCCAAAGGAAGAUACUGAAUCCACUAUCACUUUAGACAGUCUGCACGAGGAAAAAAUCCUUAAUGAUGAUCUUUAUGAAGCCGUCAAUGCUAUGGGCUUCCCAAGCUUGACUCCAGUGCAACAGAAGACUAUCAAGCCGAUCUUGGAAAAUGAUAAGGUUGAUGUCAUCACAAGAGCAAAGACAGGUACAGGUAAAACUUUUGCGUUUUUGUUACCUAUCAUGGAACAUUUGAUGCGUAGCAACGUCGCAGGUUCAGACUCCGUCAGAUCCGUGAUUGUCGCACCAACUAGAGAUCUGGCAUUGCAAAUUGAAGAAGAGUUAAGAAAGAUAUAUUCCAAGAACAGAGAAUUAAGGAAAUUUGGUUCUUUGUCUUUGGUUGGUGGUACCGACUACAGAAGGGCCAUCCGUAUUCUGCUUGACAAACAACCAAGCAUUGUCAUUGGUACUCCAGGUAGAUUGAUUCAAACUUUAGACGAGUACGGGGAACAAUGUUUCAAGGACGUAGAUUUUAAAGUUCUAGACGAAGCUGAUCGUUUAUUGGAAAUUGGUUUCAAGACAGAUCUAGAAUACAUUUCCUCUACUUUAAACAAGUUGAACAGUAAGGGGGAGGCACAUAUCAGAACUCUAUUAUUUUCAGCCACUUUAGACGACAAAGUUCAAAUCUUAGCUAAUGACAUCAUGAAUAAAGAUGAAUGUUUGUUUUUGGAUACUGUUGACAAGAAUGCACCAGAAGCUCAUGAAAAUAUCGAUCAAUCCGUUGUGAUGACAGACUCAUAUGCUGAUAGUUUGUUUGCAACAAUUCAACACAUUAAGAAUAAAGUUGAUACUGAACCAGAGUACAAAGCCAUUUUGUUUUCACCAACAGUGAAAUUAACCACAUACAUCUGUAAUAGGUUAUACAAAGUGUUCGGAAGAUCAUUCCCAAUUUUAGAGUUCCAUGGUAAAAUUUCUCAAGCAAGAAGAACCUAUUUAGUAAAAGACUUUAAGAAAAUUAAGUCAGGUUUAUUAGUAUGUACCGAUGUUGGUGCUCGUGGUAUGGAUUUCCCAAAUGUUGGAGAAGUUUUACAACUAGGUGUUCCAACCGAACUUGCUAAUUAUGUUCACCGUAUCGGCAGAACAGCUAGAGCCGGUAAAGAAGGAGCUUCUAUUCUGUUUAUGUGCAAGGAUGAACUUCCAUUUAUCGAAACUCUACGUUCUGAAAAGAAAAUUGAGAUUAAGCAUGUCAAUGAAUAUGAAAAAGAUGAAGAUUUGGUUAAAACAAUUACCGAUCAUCCAGGGAGACCAUACGAAGUGAAAGAAGCCAUUUUAUCUGUCAUGUCAUCAUACCAAGCUUGUCAAGACAAUUAUAGAUUCAACGGCAACAAACUAUUCCCAAAUAUUGCAGGUGCAUAUGGUGCUUUAUUAAGUGAACCUGGUUUGAAGAUACCUUUCCCAGACCGUUCCAAAUUACAAAUGUUUGGUUUUGCUAGAGCACGUUUCGCAAAUGAAAUAUUUGAUUUCGAUGCACAAAAAGAUGAUGAAGGCUCGCAUGGAGAUGAUUAUCAGAAAUCUUCCAGAGGAAGCAACUACGGCAGAAACUCGUACAACAACAGAGAUGGCCAAACUGGUUACAGAUCCUUUAAUGGUGAAAAGCGUAACUACAGAAAUAAUAGAUCUAGCUCUCGUUACUGA